CCUUCCGCAGCGCGCCCCGCUCCGCCCCGCUCCACGGCCGGUAGGUGGGUACGGGAAGCUCCAGUGCCGGCCCCGCAGCUGCUUUCCCAGCGGAUCCUGAAUUUCAGUUCCUGGUGUGGGGUUCGGGCAGGCCUUCCUCGAGGGAUCCCCUCCCGAGGCAAAAUAUUGCCUUGUUAUUAUUCCCCCCCGUCCUUCCCCGCCCACCGCGUUUAGAGCGACUCCCCUUCCCCCCCAGUUUAUUUUCCAGUUUGCAGCAUGGCCGUGGACUGGAUCGGGUUCGGCUACGCCGCUCUGGUGACAUCGGGAGGGGUCAUUGGCUACGCUAAAGCAGGCAGUGUCCCAUCGCUGGCUGCUGGACUGCUCUUUGGAAGCCUGGCUGGACUGGGCGCCUAUCAGCUCUCCCAGAAUCCAAGCAAUGUUUGGAUUUCUCUGAUUACAUCUGGAACGCUGACGGCCAUAAUGGGAACAAGAUUUUACAACUCUGGGAAGUUCAUGCCUGCGGGGCUGAUUGCUGGUGUCAGUUUGCUAAUGGUUGGAAGAUUAGCCAUGAAGAUGGUGGAGAAGCCCCAUGAAAAGUAACUGCUCAUAUUAACAGCUUAGCACCUGGAUGAGGAAACCUGAUAAGGACGCUGUGUGAACACAGAAGGUUGGGAUGUACAAGGUGCCAUUUAUAUCAAGGAUCUGGUAGAGCUCUUACUGUGUAGCAAGAAUUUGGUCCUGGUUGCUUUAUUGGAACACAUUUCAAUGUAUUUUUACACUUUGGAUUUUUAUAUUCCAAAAUAUACCAAUGAAAUAUAUGAAAUAGAGGGGAUCUGUAAGUAAGCAAGCAGCCAUGAAGUGUCACCAGAAAUACAGUAUGCUUUACCUGCUGAAUUCUGAGUUGAUAUAUCACGUCUGUAUAAAGCCAAACCAAUCUCAUCUUUUUGUUGUGAAAUGAUGCUGAAAUGUUGCUUUUCUACAAGUAAAACCUGUUACAAACCUUUA